ACUUCGCUGAACAUCCAGCACUCAACCACACCCAAUUCAACCCCAAGUACACCACUCCUGUACAACAAAAUGACCGUCGAACCAGCCUACCAGGACCUUUUCGAGUCCCUGAAAUCCCGCUUCCAAUCCGCCACCUCCAUCGAUGCCUCGAAAUGGCCCAUCCUAGCCAUGGCAACCCUCGUCGCGGGGCCUGAUCCCGAUCACGCCCACAACCUCUACCUGUACCUCCUUAACCAGCCCGAAUAUAAUCAACCGGGCUCGGACGCCCGCAAGGAUCUAAUCCGCCGUCUACGCGAAGCCCUCGUCAAAGCCAUCCCGCUCGUCGGCGUGUGCAAGCCCAUCGAGGCGAUUCUGGCGAUUAGCAACGUUGAGCGGGAGGAGGAUAAGGAAUACACGUUCACCCGUGAGAACUGGCAAUGCGAUGCUGCGAACCACGAGCGUGCGAUUGGGUGGUUCCAGAAGCUGUACGCGGGGAAUUCAUCGGGGACGCUGGAUCUGUUCCGCUCGCACCGCGACUUUGCUUGGUUAUCCACGGAGAUCACGUACGGACUGUUCCUGUCUGAUCGGCAGGUGCUGGACGAUGUUGAUACGCAGCUGGUUGUGUUGCCGGGGAUUAUGAGCCAGAAUUUGAAGACGGAGACGCAUUGGCAUAUUCGCGGUACGAGGCGGUUGGGUGUGCCCCAGGAAGAUGUACAGGUCAUUUGGGAUUGUGUGCAGCUUGUUGCGGGGUUCUUUGGGACUAAGCUGAACCGAGUGCCUACAGUUGAUGCGGUUGAGCCGGAUGUCUAGUUUACGCUUCACGCGUUACGCUCUACGUAUAUAGAUCUACGAUAGAGUAGAAAGACAUAGACUGAAUGCAUGCAAUUAAUCAUCUAUUCGUGCUCGC